UUAGCUGAGCGGCUCGCUGCAACGAACGUGUUUUUCUGCCUGUGAAACGAAAAAAUCGAAUUACGAAUUACUAUAAGUGCUAACGAGAGCGAGUGAAAAUGCGCUUCAAACUGUUUUUGGUUUGUGCGCUGGCCUGUGGCUUUAUGGCCUAUGUCCUGGCCAACGAAAACUUCUCCGUGGAGGAAGUGGAAUUUGAGGAUCAAAUAAUGAACGCAGUGCCGGUGGAGCAACCCAAGGCCCCAGCGAAACCCAAACCUCAGGCUGAAUUUGUGGAUGUACCAAAGGCUACACCCGAUCCCAAGAAGGUGGUGGUGGUGAAUCCGACCACAAAACCAUCAGUGCUCACCACCCAAAAGCCUGCCAAGAAUGUGGGUGUUGGUGGCCAGAGGAUGAUACCUGUGGUGCAUGUCGACAGCCGGGGUACGGAUGAUGUCCUGACUGUGGCCGGUUUGAAACCACAGGCCAUGUCCGGAGCCCUCAUCAUGCCGAAUGACUAUCUGGGCGAGCUGUACGACGUGGACAACAGUGGUUACAAUUGGGAUCCCAAUAACAAUGUUGCACCGCCCACAAGUCCUUCGACAGCGGCCGGAGGAUAUACCAUUACCGCUGCCCGUCUUGCUGAGCUCCGGCAGACCUUCAUGUACUGGUACUUCGACAAGGACAUGUUCGGAGGACGCGCUGACUACCAGUUCGACAUUCAUGCCUCGAUGACACAGCUCCACAAGAAUCUUAACUUCCAACUGCCAUUCUAUGGAUUCCGCUUCAACUACACGAGGCUCUCCCUCAACGGCUACUUGGAGUUCUCGGAUCCUCCAGAGUAUCUCACAUAUCCUCUGGUUUUCCCGAUCAAGGACUGGCCUGCCAAGCGGGAUCCCUCCUUCAUGGGCAUCUUCUUCAGCAAGUGCCGUGUUGGCCGCAUAUAUCCCUCCGAUAUUGACCAGCGCACGCCCGGCGUCUACUUCCGCGUGGAACGUGAUCUGAUGGGUCGCACGGACCGCUUCGGUGUGGAGGUGCGUGAGCGCACCAUGUGGGAUAUCCGACAGGGCGUCGUUGGCGCCGAUACCUUCAUUCCCAAGCAUGUGGUGAUCGCCACCUGGAAGAACGUGUCCUUUGCCGGUGGCAUCGAUAACUCCCUCUUCACGACAAACACCUUCCAAAUGGUCUUGGCCACCGAUGAAGUCUACACCUACAUUAUCUUCAACUAUGCCAUCCUCAACUGGCUUUCCCAUACAGAGGCUGGAGGAGAUACAACCCAGGGAGCUGGCGGUGUUCCUGCAUUUGUCGGUUUUAAUGCAGGAAACGGCACUCAGGCCUACGAGUACAAGCCAUACAGCCAGAACAUGGUGAUUAGGGACUUGGCCAUUAGAGGAUGGGCCAACGGAUUCCCGGGACGUCAUAUAUUCCGCGUGGACGAGCAGAUUCUAAUUGGUUCCUGCAACAAGGAUAUUGAUGCUGCUUUGCUGCCAUUGACUUUUGCCCCCGAAUCCGGCAACAUGUUGGGUGGUCAGGUGGUAAAUAUCACCGGACCGUGCUUCGAUCCAAACAUCCGGGUGACUUGCCAUUUCGAUACGGAAUCUGUGUUGGGUACCUAUGUGGAUAGGAAUCGUGUUAUCUGCGUGCAACCAUACCUCAAGGCCGAGGGAUAUAUCCGUUUCCAGAUCUCUGUGGGCACGCAGCGUUUCAAGUGGCGCGGCAAGUACUUUGUGGAGACUCCGGCCGCUGCCACCGAGAAGAUCUUCUUCGCCACCGAUGAUGUGCACAAGAAAAAUCCCGCCGAGAUCCGCAUCACGUGGGAUCGCUACAACAUGACCUCCAACCUGAAUGCCAAUGUGAUGAUCUCGCUGUGGGGUUACCGUGAGACCAAGAUCGAACCUCAGCUGGAGUACAUUGAUGUGAUCGAGGCUAGCUAUUCCAAUACUGGCAGUUAUGUGAUCACACCCUCGAAUUAUUUGAACCGCAACAACAUCAACCGGGACAUGCAGUUUGGCUUCCUUCAGAUCAAUCUCACCCAGCCCGAGCAGUAUUCCGGCCUCUCCAUUAGUCCAAUCCUGUGGUCCCGCCCCAUACCAUUGGGCUGGUAUAUGGCACCCCAGUGGGAGCGACAGCACGGAAAGCGCUGGCCGCGAGCUCUCUGCGAUAAUUGGAUUCGCAGCGACCGAUUCCUCAGGAACUUUGCCGCCGAUUUGCCCCUGUGUCCCUGCACCCUUGACCAGGCGGUCCUGGACAAAGGACGUUUCCGGCCGGAUCGUGAGUGCGACAAGGACUCGAAUCCCAGCUGCCUGCGGCAUCGCGGAGCCAUCCAUUGUGUGGUCAGUGGAACGCCAGUUGCCCAAGGAGCUGAGCAGCAGUGCUGCUACGAUCGUUAUGGCUUCUUGAUGCUGACCUAUGACCAGAUGUGGGGCUCUCGUCCUCGUCGCGUUCACAACCUGGGCAAGAUGCCCUGGAACGAGGCCAGCAAGGUGCCUUCCCUGUCUAUGUGGUUCCAUGACAUGCGUCCUUUCUACUCCUGCUGCUAUUGGCAAGAGGAACAGGCCGUUGGCUGUGAAACCUAUCGCUUCGAGCGUCGUCCUUCGCAGGAUUGUGUUGCCUAUCAGGCGCCUGGAAUUGCCGGCGUCUUUGGAGAUCCUCACUUUGUGACCUUUGAUGGACAGGCGUACACCUUCAACGGAUUGGGAGAGUUUGUUUUGGCUCGCAGUGUGGAUGAGAGCAACAGGUUCGAGAUUCAAGGACGAUUCCAGCAGCUGCCCAAUAAUUAUUAUGGCGAGGUGAAGGCUACACAGUUGACGGCGAUGGCUAUGCGAGGCAAUACAACCACCACGAUUGAGGUGCGUCUGCGUCCUUUGCAUGCCCGUUGGCGUUAUCGCCUGGACGUCCUGGCCGAUGGUCGUCGGGUGUACUUCGAUCGUGAGAGCUUGAAGUUCCAGCACUUUGACGGAGUCACCGUAUACACUCCUACCUACCUGCUCAAUCAGUCCCAGGUGGUGGUGCAGUUCGAUGCGGGCAUUGGCGUGGAGGUGGUUGAGAAUGAGGGCUUUAUGACCGGUCGCGUUUUCCUGCCCUGGAAGUUUAUAAACAAAACAGCUGGACUCUUUGGCAAUUGGAGCUUUAACAAGCUGGAUGACUUUAUGCUACCCAAUGGCCAGGUGGCUACUCUGAACCUGAACGACCUACGCAGCAUCCACACCAACUUUGGCAUCAAAUGGAUGCUCACGGAUCGUGAGGUUCCUGGCGUUGGAGCUGCUCUCUUCACCCGCGAAUUUGGAAGGAUGUCCAGCUACUAUGCAAACGCCACCUUCCUGCCGAACUAUGUCCUGGAUCCUGCCGACUUCCUGCCUGCCAAUCGUACUUAUGAUCUAGAGAGGGCCGAGGAGCUGUGUGGAGAGUGCAUGCAGUGCCAGUAUGAUUAUGCGAUGACCCUCAAUCGAGAUUUGGCGCAUUUUACAAAGAACUACUAUGACACUAUAGUCAAUAUGCAGUCGGAGAAUUCGAAACCUGUUAUAUCCUGUGGUGUGCUGCAAACUCCUCGAUUUGGUCGCAAGCUCAGCUUUGACUUUAUGCCAGGAGCCAAGGUGUCCUUUGAGUGCAAUGAAGGCUUUAUUCUGGUAGGAGAUCAAAGGAGAGAGUGUUUGGCCAAUGGUCUUUGGAACGUUCCCGAAUACGGUUAUACCGAAUGUCUGCGUGAGGUGUACUACACGCGUCGCGUCGCUUUCAUUGCAAUUGGCAUUAUCUUCCUGGUGAUCUGCCCCCUGAUGCUGUGCAUCGUCUGCGGCGUAUACCGCUACCGCCAGAAGCAGCUGAAGGAGGAUCCGCAGUGGCAGAUGCCGAUGCUGCCCAGGUCGAGGGCCAGCUCCGCAAGGAAUUUGCGGACGCUGAACUAUGACGAUGAUAGCGAUACGGAUGCGAGUACGCUGAAGAAAAGUAGGUCCUACGACAAAGUAUAUCGCACGAACGAACCAUUACCAGGCAAACCGCAAAUUGAUUUUCCAGCUAAGAAAUGGGAUCUGGAUGAGAACGAUGAGGACGUGACCUCCUCGGAAGGUGAGAAGCCGAAGCAGUCGGGUCGCCGUUCCCUGCGCUCUCCCUCUGGCACGGAGCUGGAUCAGCAAGGAGAGCACGAUGAUCCAAACCACCAUCCGGAUGAGGACGAUGACUUCGAUGAGGCCGAUGUCCAUGGUGGCACCAUCCACCCGGCGGGCUACCAUCAACCACUGUCGCCGGAGGAGGCCGAUCAGCUGCAUCGUCAGCAGUACAGCCCGACCUUCAGCGGCCUAGACAGUCGCACCAGCGGGGCCAGUUCCAUCAACUAUACCCCGCAGCAGCAGGCAGCGGUCCAGAAUCGCUUCGGAGGAGUGCCAGUCCUUCCCAGCAAUACGCAGUACUUCAGCGGAACUCCCCAGGGAGUGGCCCUGAGAACAGCACCGACGCCGCUGACCCAGGACAGCGGCCUGCCAUCGCCACCGCUGGCCACCUCGCCCACUCCCUCGGUGCAGAAGUCCACGGAGGUCUAGGAGGUCUCAUCCGAAGAACAUCGCCCACCUGCCCCUAGCUGCAAAGUUCAAAUACUAAAAGCCACCCAAUUAAUAACUAGAUUUAAGAAACUUUGCCUUUGACUCUUUACCUGUACGCCAUGACCCCCAUUAAGUAGGGCUGCCAGCGACUUGUGAAAGUCAAGGUGCUUUCCCUCUGCAGCUCUGCCCUAAAACCCAUAUAAAAUAGUCCCAGCUGUUUAUCACAAUCGCAAUAAUUAAGCAUAAACCAAUCGUUAAGUCAUCUAUCUGUAUUUAAUUCGGCCCAGGUAAAUGAUCAUCGUUUUGUAUUGAAUAAAACACCAACACACUUGUUUAUAGUACUUUACACAUUAA